AUGAAAGUCCAUUCAUUGUCACUCUUUUUGGCACUGCUAGGCCCUGUGGCCGGCUUGUCCAGCUCUUCCACUCAGGGCUUGCUCUCUAAUGAUGAGCUCUCCCUCGGCGACUGGCAAUCUGCCUACGAAAAGGCUUCCCGUUUCGUUUCCAAACUUAACACCACCGAAAAGAUCAAGCUGGUCACUGGAAGCAGUGUGAAUAUUACCGAUGGCGAGUCCUUCACUGCUCUUGAAUUUAUGGAUGGAAGUAUGGGUCUCCAGGACUAUUACUAUGUCUCUGCGUUCAGUCAGUCUUCUGCGUUGGCCAUGACCUGGGACAAGAAGGCUAUGUAUGCUCAAGCGAGAGCCAUUGCGACCGAGUUCUAUCUCAAGGGUAUCCAAGUCAUUGCUGGACCGACUUCUCAGCCCUUGGGCCGCACUGCGUGGGGUGGAAGAUUGGUCGAGACUUUUGGGUCUGAUCCAUACCUGAACGGCAUUGCAACUGGAAUCAGUGCGAAGGGUUACAAGGAUGUCGGAAUCAUUGGUGGUGCUAAGCACUUUAUCUUGAACGAGCAGGAAACAAACCGGACUUCGAGCGGAAGUGGAGGAGGUGGUAUGGGAGGCGGCGCCCCAAGCUCCAGUGCCAAUUUCACGAUGAGCUCUGCAGCAGCUAUGCCUUCCUCUUCCGGAUCUGCUCCAGGUGGAAUAGGUGGAAGCGGUUCUUCCUCGUCUUCCUCUUCUUCUGGUGCUCCUUACUCCUCCAACGCAGAUGACAAGACCCUGCACGAGACCUAUCUCUGGUCUUUCUACGAUGCAGUCCACUCUGGUAUUGGUGGCGUGAUGUGUGCCAUGACCAAGGUCAACAACACUCUUUCAUGUGAAUCUUCUUCUCUUCUCCUUGAUCUCCUGAAGACAGAGCUUGGUUUCCCUGGCAUGGUUUGGCCUGACACCAAUGGCCAGCAGGAUGCUCUUGCCUCCGCGACCAACGGCCUUGAUUAUGGCUCUUCCAGCCUCUGGAGCACUUCAACCAUUGAGGGCUAUCUUAAGAAGAACAACCUGACAGAGGCACGCUUGAAUGAUAUGGCAAUCCGUAACUUGAUAGCAUACUACAAUGUCAACCUUAACAAUGGUUCUCAGCCGUCUACUGCCAGCGACAGUGAUUAUGUGGAUGUUCGUGGCAAUCACUCGAAGCUCAUCCGGGAGAACGGCUCCAAGUCUAUGGUUCUCCUCAAGAAUGUCGACAAUGCGCUUCCUCUGAACAAGCCUCACAAGAUGGCAAUCUUCGGCUCUCACGCUCGUGCUGUCAUUGCCGGCCCCAACAUGGAGUUCAGCGUUCAGGGCUCUGGUCCCACGUAUGCCGGCCAUCUUGCCACUGAUUCUGGAUCUGGUCAGUCUUCCUUGCCGUACCUCAUCACACCUGAGAUGGCCUUGACCAUGAAAGCCAGUCAGGAUGGUACUAUGCUCCGCUGGGUUGCCAACGACACCUACUCUACUUCGAGCGGCUCUUCGCUUGUGAUGAAAGGAUCCUCGGCCACUUCUGUCACACCUUCUGUCAGUAAUUAUGCUGAGAACAUGGACGUCUGCCUUGUGUUCAUCAAUGCCCUUGCUGGUGAAGGCGCCGACCGUACCGAACUGUACAACACUGACCAGGAUGCCCUGGUCACUGAAGUUGCAAGCAACUGUGCCAACACCAUGGUAGUGAUUAAUACUGCCGGUGUUCGCCUCGUUGACCAGUGGAUUGAAAACGAGAACGUCACUGCAGUCUUGUACGGCAGUCUCUUGGGCCAGGAAUCCGGUAAUUCGAUUGUCGACGUGCUCUAUGGCGACGUCAACCCCAGCGGCCGCUUGAUCUACACAAUCGCCAAGAAUGAGUCCGACUACAACGUCGGCAUCUGCUACACCCACAACUGCAACUUCACCGAGGGCAACUUCAUAGACUACCGAUACUUCGACGCGGCUAAGGUUACGCCUCGCUUUGAGUUCGGCUAUGGUCUUUCUUACACCAACUUCACCUACUCUGGCUUGCAAAUUAAGUCACCGUCCCCACUUUCCACUUACCCAACAGGCAAGCUCUCCGUGGGUGGCUACAAAGACCUUUGGGAUGUUGUUGCCAAUGUAAGCGCUACUGUUCGCAACACCGGUUCUGUCGAUGGCGCGGAGGUUCCCCAGCUUUACAUCGGGUACCCCAAGGCGGCAAAGCAACCAUUGCGUCAACUACGUGGCUUUGAGGCUAUUGACAUCAAGUCUGGCCAGCAAGAACAGGUGAAGUUUGAGUUGCGUCGUCGUGACAUUUCUCACUGGGACGUUGCUGCGCAGAAAUGGGCCGUUGCUCCUGGUGUGUACAAGGUCUAUGUUGGAGCUAGCUCGAGGGAUCUGAAGCUGCAUGGAACUUUCUCUGUGGAGACCAAGGCAUGA